UCACCUUCCCUACAAAUUUCUGGGCCCCGGUUAAGCCGCCCGCCUGCGCCGGAACACCUUAAAAGUCGCGACCCUUAAGCGUCCAUGCGAGUCGGCUAGUUCAUCCGACGGCGUUUCUCUGUUGCCCGGCGGCCGUUUCCCCAGACCUCGUAGGUGGCUUGGGAGCAUAGGAAAGAUGAAGAAUAAAGAUGCCAAGCCAGGGAGCAAACGUGAUAAAAUGUCUAGGGCAGUUCCUAUAGUCGUAAUGUUUGUAUUGGUUUGCGGAUUUUCAUUCUAUCUUGGAGGCAUUUAUUACUCGGGAAAAAAUAGCUUCUUUUCAAAGGUUUCAAUACCAACAACUUCUCAGAAAGACAUUGUUGUGGCUCCUUUUAGAGUUAAUCCUAUUGCUUUCCCUGAUUGUGGAACUGACUUCCAAGAUUAUACACCAUGCACGGAUCCAAAGAGAUGGCGAAGGUAUGGUAAUUACAGGCUUAGUUUUAUGGAACGCCAUUGUCCGCCAAUGAACGAAAGGAAAGAGUGCUUAGUGCCUCCGCCAACUGGGUACAAAAUCCCUAUUAGAUGGCCUCAGAGCAAAGACCAGUGUUGGUAUAGAAAUGUGCCGUAUGAUUGGAUAAACAAUCAGAAAUCAAAUCAACAUUGGUUAAAAAAAGAUGGGGACAAGUUUCUCUUCCCCGGUGGAGGUACUAUGUUUCCCAAUGGAGUUAGCAAGUAUGUUGAUUUAAUGGAAAAUCUUAUUCCUGAAAUGAAAGAUGGGACAAUCCGAACUGCUAUUGAUACUGGUUGCGGGGUUGCAAGCUGGGGUGGUGAUUUGUUGGACCGUGGAAUUUUAACUAUUUCACUUGCACCGAGAGAUAAUCAUGAAGCUCAAGUGCAGUUUGCUCUCGAACGAGGCAUUCCAGCUAUUUUAGGGAUCAUAUCUACACAACGCCUUCCUUUUCCUUCGAAUUCUUUUGAUAUGGCUCACUGUUCCAGAUGUCUCAUCCCCUGGACUGAAUUUGGUGGGCUUUAUCUUCUAGAAAUCCAUAGAAUUGUUAGGCCUGGUGGAUUCUGGGUGCUUUCUGGACCACCAAUUAAUUAUCAGAACCGAUGGCGUGGCUGGAACACGACAGUAAAGGAGCAGAAAUUAGAUUUUGACAGAUUAAACAAGUUGCUGACAAGCAUGUGCUUCAAGUUGUAUAAUAUGAAGGAUGAUAUUGCUGUGUGGCAGAAAUCUUUAGAUUCUAGCUGCUACGACAAACUAAAUCCAUCUUCCUAUCCUCCUAAAUGUGAUGACAGCAGGGAUCCAGAUUCAGCAUGGUAUAUUCCACUCAGACCAUGCAUAACCAUCCCUAGCGAGAAUUUAAAGAAAUUGAGCUUGCAUACUACUCCAAAAUGGCCUAGUCGCUUAAUUGCAGCUCCCGAACGUGUAUCCAUGGUCCCGGGUGGAAAUGGUAAUGUAUUCAAGAAUGAUCAAUCUCAAUGGAAGGUUAGGGUGAAGCACUAUCACAAAUUACUGCCAGCUAUAGGAAGUGAUAAGAUUAGAAAUGUCAUGGAUAUGAAUACACUUUUUGGGGGAUUCGCAGCAGAGCUCAUCAAAUCACCUUUGUGGGUAAUGAAUGUUGUGUCAUCCUACGGUCCAAAUUCCCUUGGUGUUAUCUAUGACAGAGGACUGAUUGGUACCUACCACGACUGGUGUGAACCAUUCUCAACAUACCCUCGAACAUACGAUCUCUUGCAUCUUGAUGGCUUAUUUACUGCUGAGAGCCAUAGAUGUGAAAUGAAGUUUAUUCUUCUUGAGAUGGAUCGGAUACUUCGUCCUAGUGGUUAUGUGAUUAUCCGUGAAUCAGACUACUUUAUAGAUUCUAUAUCCACGAUUGCAAAAGGGAUUAAAUGGGGUUGUGAGAAGAAGGGCGCCGAGGUGGAGAAGGAGAAGCUUUUGAUUUGCCAGAAGAAACUUUGGUACUCGAAAAUGAGCCAAGAUUAAGAUGCAGGCAUGAGGUUUUGUGUUCUGGUAGCAACAGCAGUAAUCUCUUAAAAUUUUAUUUUCCCUCGUUACAAAGUGCUUGUCAUUUGUUUGGCUGGGCUUGUUUGAUGCGUUUCAGAAAGCGAAGUCAGCUGCAUCUCUCAGGAAGCCCAGGGCAACUAGAAAAAAAUAGGAUCUUAGUUUUGAUUUAUGGUUAUUCAUUGUUAUUGGCCAUGCAUAGAAAAUACCAAGUGUAUAAUGUGAUAUGGAAACUUUACAGUGGCCAAAUUAUAUGUUGGAUAAAGAUUUGGAGAAGAUGGUUAAGCUUAAAAUAAGUUUUUCCAUUCGAAAGCAAACUGUAGCAUGCCAUACAUAGAGUGAUGUACUGAGGUUGAAGAAAAAUAUUGUUUUAUUUUUAGUUUGAAUUCAAGUUCGUUUUGUGCAAAA